CUGUUCUACAUCACCACCAAUACCAACACACCAUCUCUCUCAACCAUCAUCAAAGACCUCUUGCGUCUGCAUCUAUCCCGUCUCUACCAACAUACAUCUACAGCCCAGACGCAAACAACCCCCCUCCCCUUAUACCUUUCUGAGUGGCAAUGUCCCCUUCUGCAAUCAGCGACUCCCCCCAGCAGCGCCCUGCCGCCAACGACACCACCCCGGACAGCCUCGCCAUCCAGCCGCCCGCCGACUUCACCGGCUAUGACCACGUAACGUGGUGGGUGGGCAACGCCAAGCAGGCGGCGUCCUACUACACGACGCUGUUCGGGUUCGAGACGACGGCGUACCGCGGCCUCGAGACGGGCAGCCGGUAUUUCGCGUCGUACGUCGUCUGCUGCAACGGCGUCCGCUUCGUCUUCACGUCGCCGCUGCGGUCCGAGGCGCACCUCCCCGAGGACGAGCCCAUCUCGGACGCCGAGAGGAAGCUCCUGAGGGAGAUGCACGCGCACCUCGAGCGGCACGGCGACGCCGUCAAGGACGUCGCCUUUGAGGUGGACAAUGUCGAGGCCGUGUACAGCAAGGCCGUCGCCGAGGGCGCCGUCGCCGUGCAAGGCCCGACGGCGACAAAGGACGAGCACGGCUCCGUCACCACGGCCGUCAUCUGCACGUACGGCGACACGACGCACACGCUCAUCAACCGCCGCGGCUACGCGGGGCCCUUCCUGCCCGGCUUCCGCGCGGCCAGCAAGCGCGCCUCGUCCGUGGCCCUGCCCGACGUGCCGCUCGCCCGCAUCGACCACUGCGUCGGCAACCAGUCGUGGAACGAGAUGGUGUCCGCCUGCGCCUUUUACGAAAAGUGCCUGUCCUUCCACCGCUUCUGGUCCGUCGACGAUUCCCAGAUCUGCACCGAGUUCUCCGCCCUCAACUCCAUCGUCAUGUCCUCCCCCAACAACCUCGUCAAGAUGCCCAUCAACGAGCCCGCCCCGGGCAAGAAGAAGUCCCAGAUCGAGGAGUACGUCAUCUUCAACUCGGGCCCCGGCGUCCAGCACAUUGCGCUCCUCACGCCCGACAUCAUCUCCUCCGUGUCCGCCCUGCGCGCCCGCGGCGUCGAGUUCAUCAACGUCCCGUCCACCUACUACGACACCAUGCGCCAGCGCCUCAAGACGGAGAAGCGCAACUGGCAGCUCAAGGAGGAUCUUGAUACGAUUCAGCGGCUCAACAUCCUCAUUGACUAUGAUGAGGCUGGGUACCUGCUGCAGCUCUUUACCAAGCCGUUGAUGGACCGGCCGACGGUGUUCAUCGAGAUUAUCCAGAGGAACAAUUUCGAGGGGUUCGGCGCGGGCAACUUUAAGAGCUUGUUUGAGGCUAUUGAGCGGGAGCAGGCGGAGAGAGGGAACCUGUAAAAAGGACCUCAUGAUACCAAUGGGCGGGGAAAAAAAGGGGGAGGCGAGUGAUGGGAAGGAAAGCAUUCUGUUCAGGAGUUUUGUUUGUUUAUUUGUCGAUCUUAUGGGAGCAUUAUGCUUAGUUUGCAGCCAUGAUAUGAAUCACACGCUGAAAUGAGAUGUAUUUUGAUC